AUGCAUCAAUUCAGCCCCCUGGACGCAAUCAUGCCCCCGAUCUUCAACGCACUGAUCGUGGGAUGGUCAUGUCCAGAAGAGGGUCGCGAUUCUCUGGUCUCGGUGUUACAACGCUCGUUGGCCCUUGUCGUCGAAGAAUGGCCUGAUUUGGCGGGCGAGAUCGUCGCUCCCCCAGCAGACGCCCCGCCACGAACACAGCCCACCAUUCGGCCCGUGGGGGAGCUUGGCUCGCUUCUGACUAUUCGCGAUUUCACCGGCUCCGACAGUCCUUUCCCCCAUAGCUAUGGCCAGCUUCAGGCUCAAGGGUUCCCGACCAGCAAGCUCGAUGGCCAGCUACUGGCCCCCCUGGCUGGCGUCGCUACGACCCAGCGCGUCAUGGCAGCGCAAGCCAACUUCAUCCCCGGCGGCUGUCUUCUCUCGAAGUGGGCCCAGUAUUGUCGACAGGUCCAAGGCCUCCCGGCGCAGCCUGCGGCGUUCCCUCACGCAACGUCUCAGCCUCAAACAUUGCCACCUCCCGUACUUCAGGUGUCCCAUGACCAUGCCGCCGAGCAGUACUCGACCUUGAAGCAUAGGCCGGAGCUGUGGAAGCUCAUCGGUCUGGACUGGCGCGGAUCUGCCACCUCCCCACCACCUGAACCUCCCUUCCAGCUCGCAGCCGGGGGCGCGAAGACAUGCAUCUUCUCCCUCUCCGCUGCGGCUCAGGCGACUCUCAAGAGAGCAGCAUCCUCUCUCCCUUCUUCCUCUCUCCCCCCAAUCUCAACCAACGAUGCGCUAGUAGCCUGGAUCUGGCGAACCAUCUCCAAAGCCCGCUUUCCCACAGGCAAGCCAGAUGCGCCGUAUCGAGACAACUCGUACGUCUCCGUCGCCAUCGAUGGUCGCAGGCCCCUCUCAAUCCCCGCUGACUAUGCGGGUAACGUGGUCUUCUGCAGCAUGACCAACAUGCCGAUUCACGAUCUCACCAACCCCGAGACCCCGCUGGGCGAGAUCGCCGCGCGCAUCCGCCAAGAAACUAUUGCCAACCGCGAUCCAUCACGGCUUAAGGAGGCCGUCACCCUCGCCGCGGGGAUUCCUGAUGUCCGCCAGCCCUUGGCCAAUGCCUUUCCAAGUUGGUUUGCUGAAGACCUCGUCACUACCUCCUGGGUCGGGCUCCCCUUCUACCAGCUGGAUUUUGGCCCAGCAGUGGGGUCUACCGGGCGCAUUGAUACCUUUCGGAUGCCCCGUGGCCAAUUCGCAGGCAUAUGCAGCUUUCAACCACGCGCGAAUGAUGGGUCGGUUGAAAUUGUCGUCGGAUUAUUAGCGGAGCAGAUGGAACGGCUAGUAGCGAAUCCGGACUUUGCGCAAUUUGCAACCCUAGUUUCCUCGUAG